CUUUAUACGAUUGUUUAUAGGAUUCAUAGUCAUGUAUAACGUCAAGAGCCCGGGGUUAACCCGCAGGCUACUACCUACGCUGUCGUCGAACUUCUUUGAACAACACAUCCUACAUCAACGACGUUUUCUUUACCUUUAUAAUCCUACAAGGAAUCAUCGGCAUAUAUGGUCAUUAUAUAUGUAUGGAAGAUCGUGCCCUUCAACAGUUUCAUCAUCUCAACCGACAAAAAAUGUUAUACCUGUUGUAGCCCUGCGUUCAAUGUCUGUUAAGAGUGAUUGUACACCUACCAAUGCAGAUAGAGGUCGAUCAAUUAAUGAAUCCAUAACUAUCUAUGGCAAUCUUAUGCGUUUACAAAACUUAGCACCUGUUGGAAUCUUUGCAUUCCCUGCACUCUGGAGUUCCUUCAUGGCGAUUUCAUCAACCUGGGGAUAUGAAGAACUUAAAAAAAUGGUAUUAUUUUGUCUAGGUGCAUUUUUUGGGAGAAAUGCAGGGUGCUGUAUUAAUGAUAUGGCUGAUCGCAAUAUUGAUAAAUAUGUAGAACGGACAAAAACAAGGCCCAUGGCUGCGGGACUCUUGUCUACUAGAGAAGCUUUAUGUGUAUUAUCUGCCAAUGCAGCAUUAGGACUGCUUGUACUUCUUCAAUUCGAUAUACGAACGAUACGAAUUGGGAUAUUAACUGCUAUUGGUUCGUGCGUAUACCCAUUUAUGAAACGGUAUACUAAUUUUCCUCCGCUUUUCCUUGGUUUGGCUACUAACCUUAGUGUUUAUAUCGCAUGGUCUGCAAUCGCACCAACAUUUACAUUAGCACCGUCUUUUUUAUAUAUCGCAUCAAAUCUAUGGACACUGAUAUAUGAUACGGUUUAUGCUCACCAGGAUUUGAAAUACGAUCGUAAGAUCGGAGUCAAGUCACUAGCUAUUUACUGGGGUGACAACACUAAGAAAAACUGCAAGUUGUGUUCUAUCGGAAUAUCAACAUUGUUGGUGGCCGCAGGUUAUGCUUCAGGGUUAAAUAACUGGUAUUAUGGCUUGAUUGCACUAUCACACUUUUGGAUGAAUCGACAGAUCAAUGCAGUUGACUUGAAGGAUGCGAAACAAUGCUUGUCAUUUUUCAAGCGUUCAGUAAUAUAUGGAGCAUUGGUGCUUACUGCUGUUGUUUUAGGCAAUGAUAUACCUUCCAAAGUAAAAUUUACAUCAUAAGUGUGUCAAAAC